AAAAAAAUAAAAAAUUAAACACGCCCGGUGGGACUCGAACCCACAAUCGCCUGAUUAGAAGUCAGACGCCUUAUCCAUUAGGCCACGGGCGCUAUUGAUGACUUUAUGUUUAGUACCUUAAAAUUUCAACUGCAUUAACUAGCCAUUUUUUUCCCUUGAAAAAGGUAAAAAAGAAGAACAGAGAGAUUAACAAUUUCAGCAAAAAAAUGGCGUUGCCGUCACUAACACUGCCGCCUCUUUAUCCGGUGGCUGCUCCGAAGAAGCCGGCGGCCGUAUACGUCGUGGUGCAAUCAUCAAGCUUCUCGGUUAAUGGAGCAACUCGAAACUGUAAAACGCAGGAGAAACCCGUCGUUAGACGACGCUUGACAAAACCCACCGGAAUUACCUUACCAACUCCCGAGACGUCAUCCUCGUUUUCUUCAGUUCCUCUUAAAAAGGUUCUAGUGCCAAUUGGGUUUGGGACGGAGGAGAUGGAAGCGGUGAUAAUGAUUGAUGUUUUGCGGCGGUCAGGAGCGCAUGUCACGGUGGCUUCCGUGGAGGACCAGCUGGAGGUUGAGGCGGCUGGUGGCACCAGGCUGGUGGCUGAUGCCUUUAUCUCUGCUUGCUCUGAUCAGACCUUUGAUCUUGUUGCGCUUCCGGGAGGAAUGCCAGGCUCUGCACGCCUAAGGGAUUGCCAAGUUCUUCGGGAUAUAACAAUAAAACACGCGGAGGCGAAGAGGUUAUAUGCUGCGAUUUGUGCUGCUCCAGCAGUUACGCUUUUGCCUUGGGGGCUACUUAAGAGGAAACAGACAACUUGUCACCCUGCGUUUAUGGAUAAGCUUCCCACUUUUUGGGCUGUCAAAUCAAAUUUACAAGUUUCGGGAGAGCUGACAACUAGUCGAGGCCCUGGCACUUGUUUUGAGUUUUCCCUGUCACUGGUGGAACAGCUAUUUGGUGAGUUGGUGGCCAAGGAAAUUGCUGACACUAUGCUGUUGAAUGUUGCUGAUAAUAACUCUAGGAAGGAAGAGUUUAAUGAAGUUUCCUGGUCUUUUGAUCACCCUCCUCAGGUUCUGAUUCUGGUUGCUAAUGGUUCUGAAGAAAUUGAAGUGGUGUCCAUUGUAGAUAUUCUACGACGAGCAAAAGCAAAUGUUGUGGUUGCUUCGGUGGAAAAAUCCUUGCAGGUUUUAGCAUCCAGCGGGACAAAGAUAAUGGCAGACAAGAUGAUUGGUGCUGCUGCAGAUUCAAUUCAUGAUCUGAUAAUCCUGCCUGGAGGAACUUUGGGGACUGAGAAGCUACACAGAUCUAGAAUUCUAAAGAAAUUGUUGAAAGAACAACAAUCAGCUGGCAGAAUAUUAGGAGCCAUCUGUUCUUCACCUACAGUUCUUCACAAACAAGGACUGCUAAAGGGUAAGAAAGCAACAGCCCAUCCCUCUGUCAUAAACAUGCUCGAUGAUGCUGUGAGUGGUGUCCGAGUAGUUAUUGAUGGCAAGGUGAUCACUGGCAGGGGACUUGCUACUGCAGCGGAUUUCGCACUUGCUAUCGUAGGUAAACUUUUCGGGUCAGCAAGAGCAAGGAGUGUGGCGGAAGGUCUCGUUUUUGAGUACCCUCGAUGAUAAGAGGCUGGCUUCCGGUAGCCUAGAUGAUCCAAAGAGAUGAGCACACAGCAUCGUAAUCUUUCUUCUUGGGUAGAGAAAGCUCGGAUUCUGUGAAAAAUGCAGGACCAUAGUCGUAAAAGGAGAAAUGCCGGUGAAAGAAUCAGGGAUGGUGCGGUUUUACAGUCGUGUCGUGUGUGAAGCAAUGCUCGCAGGAAAUGGACUUGUUGCCGAAGAUAUCAGUGGGUCUGUUUCCCUUUCUGUGGCUUUCUUUUGCUACUUGUGUGCAAAUUUGUUGGUGUCCUUAUUUAGAAGCAUGGUCUAAUACAGAAAACAAUUCAAAAGGAGCCUGUUUGUAUUUGUUUUCAAUGUUGUAUCAUUAUGUUAUUUAAGGUCUCAAGUCUAUUUGGACCCAUGUUUAUACAGAAUUUGUCUAGUAUCAUUCACAUCUUCCAUCUUGAAACCUACUUUAGUUUCUAGUAAUCAUGUUUAUAUAUAAUGUGAAUAAAUUAUGUUUUUACAAA